AUGCGAUUGGGCGGAUCAAAACGGAGACGUCAGAGCGGUCACGCGAACAGCCCCUACUCACUUGAAGAUGAAGGAGCAGUGUCUGCCAUGGUACGGGCAUUUAUUGAGAUGGUCAAAGGAUUACUAAUAAGGGAUGCAAUGGAAAUUGAGGCUCAAGGUUGGUUCGACACCUAUACGAUAUCAAAGAAAGUGCAUCCAACAGUUUUGUAA